AUGGCAGCCUCCAAGGUCUUCGCCACCACCGCGCUCCUCGAGAAAAUCUUUCUCCAUCUCCCUGCCCGCGACAUUUUGUUUCUCCAGGGCACCAGCAAGAAUUUCUACAACAAAGUCAACGAAUCAACCGCGCUGCAGCGACGUAUGAGCUGCCUGAUCGAGCGGGCUCCGGUGCACCCAGCUCAGAACAAUGACAUGCAGGAACGUAGCGAAAAAAACCGCUUGGCCGAGAGAAUUCUGAAUCAUAUCAAAAACCGGGUGAACGCCCUGCUAUUCGAUGAGCGAACCAACAUCUUCUUCGACCUGAACGCGAAAGGUAAUUCCCACGGAUACCACAUCACCGUCUCCACUACCCUCGCUCGGGUUAAGAACGAACAGCACUCCUUUCAGCAAAUGUUCCUCACUCAGCCACCGGUCAAGUCAGUCACUUUGGAGAUGAAACUCACUUCUUUCUUCGAUCAUUCCUACAAACAUACCAUCACCAGCGAGGUUGGGGUGCGUGUCUCGGACUUGGUCAAAGUCAUGCGGGAAUGGGCCAUGAUCGAUGAUCAGGAGGCCAAGGUGACCUUUGGUUUCGAUUAG